AAGACGUUUUCCUUUGCCCUUAUUUUGACUAUUCCCAUUGAUUGGUGACUGGAAUUUUACUAACCUCCCCAAAUCCCAUCCCAAGAAUAACUGCUUUCAGAAGUCCUGGACUCAUUUCUUUGUGAAUUCUGGGCAUCAUUCCUGGGUGAGACCAAUAAGCAAAGAACUUGAACCUUGAGUUCACCCUUGGAUUUCUUCUGGCAGUGAUACUAUCUUUGCCAUCCCAGCUUACAUCUUACCUGGAUCAGCCAUCCUUGAGCCAUGCUGUCCAUUUCAGUCCUUCUCCAAUGCAACUGUUAUUUCCUGCUUCCCAUCAACCUGAUUUUGUGGGCUGCGUUGGCACCCAAGAUUGUUGCCUCCCCACUGCCAAAUUCCAACCCUCUGUAUCGGUUUCAUGGCCAAGUUCGGCUUUGCCAUCUCUACACGGCAAAUGAACAGACACACCUCCACCUGGAGAUCUUUUCAGAUGGCACAGUGCGUGGCUCCAGAUACCAGAACCCCUUCAGUUUGAUGGAAAUCAAAGCAGUGAAGUUGGGAAUCAUUUGCAUAUUGGCUAAGAAGACCUCUAGAUUUCUUUGUAUGCAAUCUGAUGGACGUCUGUAUGGCUCACUAUCUUACUCAGAAGAGGCCUGCAACUUCCAUGAGAUGGUUCUUCGAGAUGGCUAUAACAUGUACUAUUCAGAGGCCUACAACCUUCCCGUCAGCCUCAGCAUGAUAGGGAAUUUGGGACAGAACCGUCAGCUGCCCCCUUUCUCCCAGUUCUUACCUUUAGAUAACGAGUUCCCUCUUGAACCCAUGAGCAUGGACUACGAAUCCUUUGAACAGGAACGUAACAUUGAGUCGGCUGAUCCCUUCAACAUGAUGGGUCAAAACCAGGGCUUACGGAGCCCAAGUUAUGCCUUCCGAUAGAGCAGGACCAUGUAUGGGCUGGGGCUGGGCACAAUGUCAGAUGUUCAGCAGGAUUUUUCCUGAGCUUGGCCAUCUGUGUCUUUAUUGCAUUAAUAUGAAGAAUAAAUAUGAGGAAGACAGAUGAGGGCAAAGGAACAGGAAGAUGUAAUAGACUGGGGGUUGGAGUAAAAGACCUCCAAGGUCCCUUCCAAACCUAUGAUUUUAUGAUUCUAGAUGGUUGCAAUUGACUGAAGCCUAUCUGGGACUCCCGAAUCCCAAAGCAGACACAGAAUUCCUGUUCUGUCUGAUUAGGAAUCAUUUCAACUUUUCAAUUUCCCUUUGUUAAUCUUGCUGGCUUUUUUGUAAUAUCCAAGGUUUUAUUUCUAUUUAUCCAACUAUUUAAGUAACUUAUUUAUUAUAUGUCAGGUUUAUUUAUUGAAGAAAGCUAGAUCGAUAAGGGAAGGUAUAAUACAGAAAGGGAAGGCAUAACGUGAAAAUCUUUUGCGCGCAAAUCAUAUUUAUAUAUUGUUAUUUAUAUACAACUGUCUAUGUAUGUAUAUUUUCUGCCUGCAUAUUUAUUUCCCUUUCUGGAGAGGACAUGACAACUGAAGUUUAAAUCUGUACUGCAGAUAUCGUCAUGAUUUUAUGCCUGAUAUCUGUUUACCUACCCCUUCUGUAUUUUCCUUUCCAAGGAAUGUUUCUGCAGAAAUGAAUCUGUGAGCCAUGGCAAUGGAAGGUAUUGGGGCUGCAACCAAAGGGGGGGGGGGGCUGGGGCUGCAACCAAAGCCCCGCCCCACCCUGCAUGUAAAAAAGAGGCAGGCCUUCAAUCACACUGCCAUCUUGACUUUUUUGACCCCCACAGACACCCCCGGAGUGAGGUUUAUGAAUCAGAAGAGACUGGGUGGUUGCCAAAAAACCCCUUUUGAGCAUCACCCCAUUUUUGGCCUUCUUUUUUUUUUUUUAAGGCUUGCACUGUGCCUGUAAGCCAUCAGAAAAGGUAAACUAGAGAACUCUAAUUAGGAAAUAUAAAGUAAAAGUCACCCAUAUUGAUCAUGUAUAUAUUUUUAUUUAUAAGCUAUACUUCAGCAUUUUCAUUAAAAGGCUGAGCCGCUGCUGUGUUUUUCAGCAGCAGCUGUUUCUGGUCAAACGUGUUACAGUAUUGACAAUUCAUUGACUUGACAUAAAUUUGCAAAUGUCUGUAUUCUCUUUCUGUUUCUUGUAUUUUUUAAAAAAUACCUGGUUUCCUUGUGCUUUAAUAGUGACCAGUGUUAAAUCAUCAGUGGGCUGAAGUGUGAACGAUGUGUUUUCAAUGUGAAUACAAAUAAAAGUUUUUAAAAAAAGAAAUAAUUGAUGGCAAAUAAACUCGGUCUCAGAAAUGUUUUCAUUGGGCAUCAAAAGCUAAUGAGAAAAAACAAUUGGGGGCGUUGGCA